UUCAAUUUCAAUUAUUUAAUCAUUUAUCUAAAGGUUUAUAAAAAUAUAUAUAAUGCAACAUUUAUAUUUGAUCGUAAUAACUUUCAAAUCCUUAAAAUUAAAAAAUUUGAUGAUAUCUUAAAAAAAAAUUAUAACUUAAUCAAAGAUGAUUACGAUUAUUAUUAUAAACAUAUGGGCAAUAAAAAAACUAAUAUUGAAAUUCGUUCAUCAACUUCUUUACCAUUGCAAACAGUUUCAAUGAGUGAAAAAUCUAGUAUUGACAGUCACAGUUCAAAUUCAAUUUGUGAUACUAGUAUAAAUAAUAGCGAUGCAAAUUUAAAUGAAAUUCCAACCCUUUCAAUUCAGGUAAGAUUUAAUUGCGAUGAAAGUGACAAUAUCAGAUUUAAAGUCAAAAACGAAAGCGAAGACGAAGGAGAGUUGAUAACUGAUUUUAAUACUAUUAAAAAUAAUACAGCAAGACCACUAAAAAGAAUUGACAGAUUAAUCGAUUUACCAUUACCUAAAAUCCUUAACAAUGAUAACAAUAGUGAUACAAAUCUUUAUCUAAAUUGGCAAAAUUUGAAUAAUAAUAUUGACCCAAAUAUUUUAAAUUUUAAUGAUUUAAUUUUUCCAAUACCAUUAUCAUUGAUCAAUUUAUUAAACAAGAUUACAAAGCUUUGCAAUCAUAAUAAUUUUUUUAGAGAAAAGAAAAUAUUUGCAAGAAAUUUUCCAAAAAUAUGUACAGAUUUUGAAGAUAGAUUAUUAAAUUGGAGAAUCAACUGGAAUUUGUAUUAUUAUGAUUGUGAGUAUAAUCCUAGUUAUAAUAUUAUUGGUCAUAACAAUCAUGAUAAUAAUAAUAAUGAUAAUAAUAAAAAUUCAAGAAAAAAAAUGAAGUUUUUUUCUAUAUAUCACGAACUAGUAUACCAUAAUAUCAUGUCAUUUUAUAAUUCUAUGCUAAUAUACUAUUAUAAAAUUAUCAAAAAAUAUCCUGCAGUUUUAUUAAGUUAUUAUGCAACGAAUUCAAUCAAUCAUUUGAAAAGAAUUUACGAAAUAAUUCAAAAAAACUAUCACGAUGAUAAAUUUUUAAAUAAAAAAAUGUUUUAUUUCAAACCGUUCUUUUUGCAAAUAUUUUUCACCAGCUGCGAAGCCAGUUCGAUUGACUUGCAAGAAAAAUGCAAGCAAUUGUGGGAGAAGUACAAUAAAUAUGAAAAGUUAGAUGUUUUCAAUAACAAUAACUGGAAGGCAAAGCAAGUGAUCUUUGAGAUCUGGAAAAAGAGAAACGAAUCCAAUCAAGACUUGAACUGGGUCGAAGUUCUUAAAGAAUGGAAUUUCACACUAUUUUUAGUUUGACACAUCAAAACCAUUUUCGUGGGUUGAAGUUUUUCCGAGAUUACCAUCAUUGUGGUGAUAUGUACAAACACAUUUUUGUACAUCUAAAUACUCGUAACUGCAUUAGAAAAAUGGACUUGUGAUGAUUUCUGAAUUCGACCAAUGUGGAGAAGAAAACCAUAAAAAGGAAGCAAUGAUCCAGAUAUAAUGCUUUUUGUUUAC